AUGGCACUUCUACACGGCAAGGUCGCGGCCAUCACGGGAGCUGUGACUGGCAUUGGAAGAGCGAUUGCCAUUGACUACAUCAGACACGGCGCGAGUGUUGCCGUGAACUUCUUUCCCGAUGACAAGUCCAAGAAGAAGUUUGAAGAACUGCAAAGCGAAGUCGGACCCGAUGCAAGGCUCAUCGGUAUCGGCGGAGACAUCACAAAGCCGGAGACGGGGCAAGAGCUCGUGAGGGCGACAGUCGAGAAGUUUGGGAGGCUAGACGUGUUCGUGAGCAAUGCAGGAGUCUGUCAAUUCGCAGACUUUUUAACGAUGUCGCCCGACCUCGUCAAUCACACCAUCUCUACCAACCUCAACGGUGCCUUCUUCGCAGUCCAGGCCGCGGCUCAGCAGAUGGCGAAGCAAGAGCCUUCAGGAGGGAGCAUAAUUGGUGUAUCAUCUAUCUCAGCGCUCGUUGGAGGCGCCGGCCAGACACACUACACCCCUACAAAAGCCGGUAUAUUGUCUCUGAUGCAAAGCACAGCAUGUGCAUUGGGAAAGUACAACAUUCGAUGCAAUGCUUUGCUCCCAGGCACUAUCCGGACGCAGCUCAACGAUGAAGAUCUUGCGGAUGAGGAGAAGCGCAAAUACAUGGAGGGUAGGAUACCACUGGGAAGAUUGGGCCAACCGAGAGACUUGGCAGGUCCAGCGGUCUUCCUGGCAAGCGAUCUGAGCGAGUACGUGACGGGCGCGCAGUUGCUGGUGGAUGGAGGCCUAUUCGUAAACCUGCAAUAA